AUGGCGGAAGAAAUAUCACCGUCAAACUCUCCCGAUGCGGCGUCGGCGGCGUCAUUGGGUCAUUCAGUAAUACCUAUAGUGAACAAGCUACAAGAUAUAUUCGCACAGCUAGGAAGUCAAUCCACGAUUGAGCUGCCACAGGUUGCUGUUGUAGGGAGUCAAAGUAGUGGCAAAUCAAGUGUUCUUGAGGCGCUUGUAGGUCGAGAUUUCUUGCCUAGAGGGUCUGAUAUAUGUACUAGGCGACCUCUUGUUCUACAGCUCCUUAAGCAUAAUUCUGAUGAGGAAUACGGAGAGUUCUUGCACCUUCCUGAGAAACGUUUCUAUGAUUUUAAUGAAAUUCGUUGGGAGAUUCAGGCGGAGACAGAAAGGGAAGCAGGAGGAAAUAAAGGUGUCUCGGACAAGCAGAUACGGUUGAAAAUUUACUCACCAAAUGUUCUUGAUAUUACUCUAGUGGAUUUGCCUGGCAUAACAAAGGUGCCUGUUGGUGAUCAACCCUCUGAUAUUGAAGCUCGGAUCAGAACUAUGAUCAUGUCGUAUAUUAAGGUCCCAAGCUGCUUAAUAUUGGCUGUAACACCAGCCAAUUCAGACUUAGCCAACUCAGAUGCUCUUCAGAUUGCUGGGAAUGCUGACCCUGAUGGUUAUCGAACUAUUGGCGUCAUCACAAAGUUGGACAUCAUGGAUAGGGGUACUGAUGCUCGUAACUUUUUACUUGGAAAAGUGAUUCCCCUUCGCCUUGGUUAUGUUGGAAUAGUGAAUCGUAAUCAGGAGGAUAUUACGAUGAAUCGGAGUAUUAAGGAUGCACUUGUAGCUGAGGAGAAGUUCUUCCGCAACCGUCCUGUAUAUAGUGAUCUUGCUGAUCGCUGUGGUGUACCUCAAUUGGCUAAAAAGUUGAACCAGAUUUUGGUGCAACACAUCAAAAAACUCCUUCCAGGAUUGAAAUCACGCAUUAGUGCUGGACUUGUGUCUGUCGCAAAGGAACAUGCUAGCUAUGGGGAGAUCACCGAGUCAAAGGCUGGUAUGGGUGCUCUCCUUCUGAACAUUCUUUCCAAGUACAGUGAAGCAUUCUCUUCAAUGAUAGAAGGCAAAAAUGAAGAAAUGUCAACUUCUGAGCUUUCUGGUGGAGCAAGGAUUCAUUACAUUUUUCAGAACAUAUUUGUGAAAAGCUUGGAGGAAGUUGAUCCUUGUGAAGAUUUAAGCGAUGAUGACAUCCGAACUGCCAUUCAAAAUGCAACCGGUGCCAAAUCUGCAUUAUUUGUGCCAGAGGUCCCUUUUGAAGUUCUCAUCCGAAGGCAAAUAGCACGAUUAAUGGACCCGAGUUUUCAAUGUGCACGAUUUAUAUAUGAUGAGCUGGUUAAAAUGAGCCAUCGUUGUAUGGUCAAUGAGUUGCAACGUUUUCCAAUUUUGAGAAAGCGCAUGGAUGAGGUUAUUGGAAAUUUUUUGCGUGAAGGACUGGGACCUUCAGAAGUAAUGAUUGGACACCUUAUUGAGAUGGAGAUGGAUUACAUAAAUACUUCACAUCCAAAUUUUAUUGGUGGGACUAAAGCUCAUGAGAUGGCAUUACAGCAGGUCAAGUCCUCUAGGAUUGCUGCACCUAAUCCGAGGCAGAAAGAUGGCGUAGAUUUAGAAAAAGCACCAACCUCUGAAAGAAGUCUAAAAUCACGUGCUAUACUUGCCAGAUCAGUUGGUGGUUUUGUCCCUGAUCAGGUUGUUCGGCCUGCUCCAGAAGUUGAGAAAACUACAGCAUCAGGAUCAAAUGUUGGUUCAAGUUGGGGAAUAUCAUCAAUAUUUGGUGGCUCGGACAAUCGUGCAUCUGUAAAAGACAAUUUCAUUAACAAGCCAUUCAGUGAUACUGCACUGAGCAUGGAUCAUGCUUUCUCAAUGAUCCACUUGAGAGAGCCCCCAAGUGUCUUGAGGCCUUCAGAAACUCAUUCAGAUCAGGAAACUAUUGAAAUUGCCAUUACAAAACUGUUAUUGCGGUCAUACUAUGACGUUGUCAGGAAGAAUAUUGAAGACUCAGUACCUAAAGCAAUCAUGCAUUUUCUGGUAAAUCACACCAAAAGAGAUCUUCACAAUGUGUUCAUCAAGAAACUCUACAGAGAAAACCUCCUCGAAGAAAUGUUGCAAGAACCUGAUGAGAUAGCCAUGAAGAGAAAGCGUACACGUGAGACACUUCGUGUUCUUCAGCAAGCUUUCAAGACAUUGGAGGAGUUACCACUUGAUGCUGAGACAGUUGAAAGGGGUUAUAGCUUGGGUACUGAUCUGACAGGCCUUCCAAAGAUUCACGGGCUUCCAUCAUCAUCAAUGUACACUACAAGCAGUGGCUCAACUGGUUCACAUACCGGUUCUCCAAAGAGCUCUAGAUUGCGCAAUGCAUCCCAUUCAGGUGAGCUACAGUUACCAAUGUAUGGUGGCGCAGAUUCAAACGGUGGUGGGCAUAAUGCUGGUAUUUAUCCAACAGUAGGUGUAUAAGAGACUCAAUAGAUGCAGGGUUUGAUCAUUCACGAGUGAAUUUAUUUGCUCUCUCCACCAUCAUUGCAAAACCCGUCUCUGGUGCAGUGGAGUGCUACUAUUUUUUGUCAUGGGCAAUGUUUUGCUGAGCUGAUCGCUAUUGGCUUUUACCCACUUACUGUCUAUUUCUAUGUCAACUAUAAAUUCAUUGUUCGUAGAAGCUGUACGAAAUAAGAGGGGACUUUUCGUCUUUAUAGGAAGAGGCUAGUUUUGUUGCCUUUUGUUAUGAUAAUUGGCAAUUUAUUUUCUAGCCGCCAAUUUUUGAGUUCGAUACUUCAUUUGCUUUCUCAAUUUUGUCAAAUGCGAUAGUAGGAAAUAUCAUCACUUGUGUAUAAUAUGCCUUUUUAUUUUGGGAAAUUCUUGUCAUUUUCUG